CAAAAGCUCUCCUGCCUUAUUGAAUAAUUUUUUAACGCAAGUUUAAGAAGAAUUAUGCUAAUGCCCCAGACCUUCUUUUAAGAGACAAUUACUCUCCAGAGAAAGCUGCAAAAUGCAAAUUCGGGGAAUGACAGGAAACCUUCUUUGGCGCCAAUGGAGUAUUCACAACGAAUCACAGCCAUGUCAAGAAAUCUCUGACGAUAGGCCGCGAUAAGGAAUUUAUUAGUCACUGAGAGUUGAAAUCCUGUGAUUUUCAGCUACCUCAUUUCGAAAUUCUGCUUAUCUCUUUUUGAGAUAUCCACCUAUCUAUAAAAUCCACCCACCUAUCACUGAUUUGGUUUAUUUUUUGGUGAAUUUUCGUGGAAAAAUGAAGUUCCUCGUGAUCUUGGCUCUAGCAGUGGCUCUCACAGAGGGUCUAGUGACGUCUGAUGUUGCUCCUGAGGGCUUUGUCAUCAAUGGAGCCAAUGGUACCCACACCCCUCACCACGUGCUUGUGGAAUUUUUCAAUGCCCAACAAUUGGGAUUCUUUGGUGGAGGUUCCAUCAUCACGAGCACUCAUAUCCUGACAUCAGCUCAAUGUGUUCAUGGCUUUGUCCGUUGGCGUGUUGGCUAUGGGAGUUUCCUCCGAGAUCAAUUAACUUGGAUUGAGUCCACCAAUGCUGUUCCAAAUCCUCAGUACGUUCCAACGACGAGGAACAACGACAUUGCCAUUAUCACUCUUCCCACGCCACUCGUCUUCACAGCUCGUGUGCAUCCAAUUGCUCUUCCGCCAACAAAUAUUGUUAUGCCCUAUCAGAAUGAACAGGGCACCAUCUUGGGCUUUGGCUUCACCAGUGGUGCAGUUAAUCUACCUUCGGACAAUCUUCGCUAUGGCUACGUUCGCGUACAGCCAGAUGCCUUCUGCCUCAGCAUCUUCCAAAUUGUAUCUCCCAAUCACUUCUGCGCCAGUGAUAAUCGUGUUCCAGUGAACAUCUGCAACGGAGACAUUGGUGGUGGAUUUACCGUGUACUAUCGUGGUGAACCAGUGCUCGUGGGCAUCAAUUCCAUUCUCAUUGAGAACUGCCACAUCCAGUGGCCAUCUGCAUACACCCGUGUCUCUCACUACCUCCCAUGGAUUCAUCAAACUAUUGCGCUUUAGGAAGAUGAUCUAUUAAUGUUGAUCAAUGAUGAAUUCAUUGCAAUAAAGCAGAAUUUUAUGAGCCAA